AUGACUGAAUCAACAUACAUCUCUACCAUGAGUACAACUCCAGCGCCAGCUCCCCAGCUGAACGGCAAACCUCUACGAAGCAAAGAAUAUUUUGAUCAACGUGCAGCAAGCGAUAUGGAACAACAUCUCAAUGUUCCGGAACGCUCCCUCCAAGAAUCAAUGGCCUGCGCCUGCAGACUGAUUGCAGCAAAACAGGAAGACGCAGGGCUCUCUGGCCAAAUUAGCGCUCGCUCUGCACGUGGAGAUGGAUUGUACUGGACGUUGCGCUUCGGCCUUGGCUGGGAAGAGGCAACGCCAAAUGACUUCAUUGAAGUUGAUGGGGACCUCAACACAAUUACUGGUAGUGGAAUGGCAAACCCCGCAACCCGAUUCCACCUCUGGGUAUACGCUGGGCGCCCUGAUGUGCAAAGCAUUAUCCAUACUCAUUCGCCUUGGGUACAAUCAUUAGUUGCCGCUCGACAGCCACUUGUGGUUGCGCAAAUGGACAUGACGCCCUUUUACGAUGACUGUGCAUUCCUGGCUGAUUGGCCUGGACUGCCAAUUGCCGAUCAGGAGGUUGUCAUUAUCACUGCUGCGCUUGGUGAUAAGCGCUCAAUUUUACUGGCUCACCACGGCAUGUUGACCGCCGGCUGUACCGUGCAAGAGGCUACUUAUCUUGCAGUGAACCUUGAGCGCGCAGCUAGGAUUCAAGUACGAGCUAGUGUCUUUGGACCCCUUAAGCCUGUAGAUGGUGAGCUGGCCCGUGAAGCGCGUGACUAUUUGUUGAAGCCUAAAGUGGUCAAUGCAACCUUUGAACACUGGUUCCGUCAGACACAGACAAUCCCGUCGUUGGUGCUUUAA